UUUCCCAAAUGUGAAAUCCGAAAAGACUGAGGGAUUGUAACCCAUAUGAUCAAGGGAUCUUCUGACAGCAUAUUCGAUGAAGAUAUUUUUGUAUGAGAGAGGUGCGCCAUCAACCUUUAUGUUGACAAAGACUCCAUAGAAAUCACUGAUGUUGAAACCAUACUAGAUUGGCUGAACUUGUCAGAGAAUAACCUAGCAAAAAUUGAUAAUUUCAGAGAGUCCCAUAGCCUUGAUGGAUUGUGGAAGAAAAUGCUGCCUGAUUUAGAAGCAUAUACUAUAAAAAGCAUUGAACUCAAGGAUGAUCUUGAAACAGCGGAGAAUACGAAUGAUUGGGAAAAAAUUCCUAAAAUUCAAAUUCAAUCAAAAAUGUUACUUAGCUCGAUUUUUAAAUCAAAGCUUUAUAAAGAAUACAUCAAGCAAAUAAAUUAUAUGAAAUUCUGAGAUCUGGAAGCUAAGAAGAAACUCAUAAAAAGCUCUUAUAAACCACUUGAGAAAUCAAAAGAUAUUAACGAAAAAUCUAAAAAUUACAAAAUUGUUGAACAAUCACAAGAAGCAAAGAACUUCUGCCAGAAAAAAGAAGAUCUCAUCUUCCAAAAAGAUGCUGAAAUCAAAAAGAGAGACCAGCUUACUGAAGAAAAAGCAAAGAUGAUCACCAAGAAAGGCAGCCAAAUUAAAAAUCAUCAACAAACUAAUGAUCAAAAGAAGCAAACUAUUGAACAGAAAGAACAACAAAUUUAUCAGCAAGAUUGCCAAAUGGAUAAGCUUGCCAAUGAAAGAUUUAUGUUCACGAUUCCAAGCCAUACACUGAGCAACCAAAAGAGUAAUCUUGAGCAGGAGCACAGCAAGAAAGACCAGAACAUAAAAGAGCUUCAGAAAAAACUCGACGAUUUAGAGAAGAAAGAUAAGAUACAACAGAAUAUUAUCGAGCAGUUACAGAAAAUGACAACUCAACAGAAAGAGGAAAAAGAUAGGGACUCAACUCAUGAGCAUCAAAAAGAUUCUUUCGAAAGCAAAAACACUUCAAAAUUGUUGAAAGAUCAGGAAAAUAAUAAAGUUGGCAAUAUGGAAAAAGUUCUAGAACAACAGUUAGCAAUAUGAAAAGAUACGCAGGCUUUGAUUGACACUCUUUCGACAUCAAACAAAAAGAACCAGAAGUUUCCCCUUAAAGAAUUCAUGUUGAUGAAAGACACUGAAGUGUGAGACUCUAAAGGAGUAACUCAAACAAAUGUUGAUCUUUCCAUUAUAAAAAGAACUGUCAAAGAAGAAAAAGAAAGAAAGCUCAAAAUAGAGCCAAAUGAAGAAAAUCUUUCUGAAAAAACUCAAUGCGAGUCAAAACCCGAGUCAACAUCUAUGUCUGUAACUUCUAUGGAUAGCAUUUCAAAAUCUUCACCGAAUGCUGAUGAAUCUCAAGUUGUGUCUCCAGCCUUAGCUGAGUCAAUAAAGAAGAGAGUAAUAGAUAUCCUUAUCGACAUUCCUAGCAAAAUUCAAGAGAGACAUAGAAGGGGCUUAGAUGCAAUUCUGAAAGAAUUAUCAAGCACAAGUCAAAGAAGAGUGUUCAUAAACGCAAUUUUAGCAAAAGCCAUUGAAGAGAAGGGUAGAGAGGAACUGUAUGGAUCAGUAUGAUGAGGACUUAGAAUAAGAGAGUCCAAUAGAAUCCAAGAGAUGAAGAAACAACAUAGCCCAGAAUCUGACGCUCAUCUCCAACAAUGGAAUUUUAAAGAAGAACUCUACCAAGAAAUCCAGCUAAUCUUUAUUAAAAUUCUAAAAGAUUUGCCUCAAGAUGUCGAAUCAACCAUCAAACAAAGCAAGAGUACUCAAAAUAGCCCAAAUAAUAAACCAGACUACAGUCCACUAUUCUCUUAUCUCAAAUUGGAAGGCAAACUAUAUAGAUGUAGUUUCUUUCAUGCCUAUUUUGAAAUCGAAACACUUCUUGUCUUGUUAGGAAAUGAAAUGUAUCAUUGUAAACUUGAAACAAAUGAUACUACAAUUAGAGCAGCGUGCCUUUUCUUACAAGAUAUCGGGCCCACACUAGAUGAAGAAAUCUCUUCAAACUUAAAAGAUGAUGCUAGUGAGAGAUUAAAAUCUGCAUUUCUUAAGGUUCAUAAGAUUUAUCUCCAGUUGUUAGCUAUUAUUGAAAGCUAUAAAACCCGGAAUGAUAUAACUUCAGAGUCGAAACAAUUAAUCACUGUGACUCUUGAGCUCAAAAAGUCUGGCUGGAAAGAAGAAAGCACCUCUGCACCAUCUCCUCAAAAGACUUCAUCUCCCGAUGAACUAAAGCCUUUAUCAUCUGAAUUUGGAUUUGAUUCGCCUGUGGCUUUUCAUACAGUAUUGAUGAACGUAUACAUAAACUGGGUGAACGAUUCUAAAUGUAAUCCUUACUUUCUUGCUACAUUCAAAAACAGUCCUUAUGGAGAACAAAUUCUGUUCUUUUAUCUUAAGUCAAUAUAUUUCUUGAAGAAUGAAGAAUAUGUGCACUUUCCUGACUAUUUCCAUAUUCUCUACAAAAAUAAUAUAUUUUCUGUUGAGGAUGUAGAAAAUGGGUUUGCUAGCUUCUUUCAAGCUCUUCCUCAGUUAUCAAUAAAGCUUUUUAAGCUUGAUAAUCAUAUCUGGGAUUUGCUCUAUUUCAUUUUCAUCUUCUGUAAAAUUGGUGAUUUUGAAAAAGUUUUGAAAAAGACUAAUUUUGAACAAAUCUCAAAAACGAAAAAUGCCUUCGGAUGAAUAGAUAUCUUCUUCGAAAUAUUCGCUAAAUUCCUGCACAAGAUCCAACUAAACCACGACGAGAAAACAAUGCUGCACUGCUACACAUCCUCUUCCAUAAAACAAUACUGCUCAGUCCUAAAACCUCUUAUCCAGCAUCCUCACUUAUUCAACAACCUUCUACUCCAAGGCAUUCCAUUAAAAAUCAUAAGUUUAAUAAAUAUUUCUUCUGCUUAA